UAAAUAAUCUUUCUUGAUUGUUCCAUUUAAUUUUGAGUUCUUUAAUUUUCUUUCUCUUUGGAGCAUUAAAUGGAUUCUGAUUAUUCUCUCUCUCGCUUCCUUAGCUAACUCUUCUUCUCCGUUUGGUGCUACGUCAGCUUUUCUGACAAUACGUCAUCUCUACGGCGUCUCUGAGCCAUCUCAACGAUUCAAGAUCAUCUUACUCACUGUUGCUUGAUAUUUUCACCAAAUAAAUCAUCUGGUGUUGUUAAGAAUGGGACAUUUUUCGUCCAUGUUCAGUGGAUUAGCUCGAUCCUUCUCCAUCAAGAAAGUGAAGCACAACAAUGGAACUUGCGACGCUAAGGAAGCUGCUGAUGAGAUGGUGAAAGAUGCAAAGAAGAAGGAGAUGAUUCUGAAAUCAUGUGGUUACGUUUAUGCAGAAGGUUCUAAUAACUCGGCCUCUGUUUUCUCUAAACGCGGUGAGAAAGGCGUUAACCAGGACUGUGCAAUCGUUUGGGAGGGAUUUGGGUGCCAAGAAGACAUGAUAUUCUGCGGAAUAUUCGAUGGACAUGGUCCAUGGGGUCACUAUGUAGCCAAACAUGUAAGAAACUCGAUGCCUUCAUCCCUCCUAUGCAACUGGCAAAAGACUCUCGCUCAAACCACACUACUAGAUCCCGAGCUAGACCUUGAAGGCUCCAGUAAAAAAUUCUCGAGAUUCGACAUAUGGAAACAUUCAUAUCUCAAGACAUGUGCAUCGGUUGAUCAAGAACUUGAACAUCACCGCAAGAUUGAUUCUUACAACAGUGGCACAACUGCUAUAACCAUUGUCAGACAGGGUGAUGUAAUUUAUGUAUCAAAUGUAGGCGAUUCACGAGCAGUGCUAGCCACCACUUCAGAUGAAGGGAACUUGGUUGCUGUUCAGCUCACCCUGGAUUUCAAACCGAAUCUGCCUCAGGAGAAGGAGAGAAUUAUCGGAUGCAAUGGACGUGUAUUCUGUAUGAAAGAUGAGCCAGGAGUCCACCGUGUAUGGCAACCAGACGCAGAAGCACCGGGACUGGCUAUGUCAAGAGCGUUCGGAGACUAUUGUAUUAAAGAGUAUGGAUUGGUCUCGGUCCCUGAAGUCACUCAAAGGCACAUCUCUGCUAAAGACCACUUCAUCAUCUUGGCUAGUGAUGGGAUAUGGGAUGUGAUUACAAACCAGGAAGCUAUAGAGAUCAUUUCUUCCACCACUGAGCGGCCUAAGGCGGCUAAGCGAUUAGUGGAGCAAGCAGUUCGGGCUUGGAAGAAGAAGAGACGAGGAAUCGCUAUGGACGAUAUGUCCGUAGUCUGCCUAUUCCUCCAUUCCUCUUCUUCAUCGCCAUCUCUCUCGCAACACGUUCAACAUGCCAUGACUUUUAAGUAAAAAGUUGUGUUGUAAAUAGAUUAGCGAUAGCGUUGCGUUUUGUAACAUUCAUUGUAAACUUUCGAAUGAAUUUUUUGGUCGCAGCCAUAAUGAGUCUCAUCGUGUGA